UGACGAUCACUCCAAACUGACAACCGUCAAAACUCCUAACCUCUCGAAUGUGUGCAUUAAGAAAAUGCACAGGCUUAUUAGCAAUUCCGUAAAAAAGUUUAAACACAUCAAUUUCUCAAAUUGGAUAACAGAGAUAAAUCGUAAAAAUGUAGCAAGAGGCAACGGUGUUCAUACCUUAUCUGGUUUGAAUGCAAAAAAUCUGAACGAGAAAGCCAAUAAAAUGAUAAAUUUCGAUGAAAUGGUUACGUCACGCCGUGAGCAGGCACAACGAAGUAUUUUGGUUCAAGUUCAGUCACAAAAAUCAUUCACCGACCUGCAGAAGUAUUGCUCUCAAUUCGGCAAGAUAAUCGGAGGACACCACUACGUAUUGGCCGACCGACAGUUCAUUCUGAUUGAAUUUUCUAGCCAAGUGGAAGCACAGCAAGCAAUUUCGUGCAGUACGUUCGAAGAUGCAACUGGUUUCUGUACUCAAGGUCCAUUUUUGUGGUUUCGAGCUGCUGCUCAGAAUGGAAGUGUUGCCAAAGAUACUAGAAACGUUAGCGCAAAGUUGAUGGUUUCCGACGGCUGUCGGCCCAUCGAUUACAAUAAAAUCAACGAAGUCAUGCUUGGUGCCGCAAGUUUAUCUGACCAAAUCGGUAUACUGUUCAGAUCAACAAUACUGGAUGACCUCGGCAUUCGAAUGCGUUUUUUAGCGGCUAGGCAAAUUGAGGAAUCGAUUUCCAGUAUUUUUCCGUCAGCUAGAGCGUGUAUCUUUGGAUCGUCGGUGAAUGGCUACGGAAAAUUGGGAUGCGAUUUGGACCUAAUUUUACACUUUCAUUCAUUGGAUUGUGAUAUCGACACCACGAAACGACUGGUCUUUCAUACGAAAAAACUGUCUGCCCCUGACUCACGAAGUGAUCUCCAGAAAAACUUAGUAACAGUCAGCGGGAUAGUGCAGCGGUUUCUUCCCGGUAUCAGCAAUGUUCGUACAAUACUUCCAGCCAGAGUACCAAUCAUCAAAUAUCAUCACGACUUCCUCGAUUUGGAGGUGGAUGUAUCGUUGAACAAUAUGAGCGGCGUGUACAUGUCUGAACUGUUAUACAUGUUCACGCAAAUCGAUCAUAGAGUUCAGCCAUUAGUGUAUACUAUACGCCGAUGGGCACAAACGUCCGGUGUCACGAGACCCUCUCCAGGAUUUUGGAUUUCCAAUUUCUCGCUCACCUGUCUGGUUAUUUUCUAUCUUCAACAACUGAGCAAACCUGUGCUGCCGACAAUCGAAUCAUUAAUACAACAAGCUCGACCCCAAGACAAACGACUGUCCGACGAAGAGGCACCUCCGUGCACAUUUUUGCGUGAUUUGAAUGUAUUGAAAUUCACAAGAGAAAACACAGACUCGUUGAGUGACCUGCUGGCCGGCUUUUUCGAAUAUUAUUCGCAAAUGAAUUUCGCCGAAAAGGCCAUUUCUCUGAACGAUGCACAGCUGCUAACGAAGCCCAACAAUGCAGCCGUGUACAUGAUCAAUCCACUGGAUCCGUCUCUGAAUGUCACCAAAAACAUGUCCAUUGACGAGCGUGAGCGAUUUUGCAUUGAGGCACGGAAUGCAGCGUGGUUUCUAGCAUCGACGGACACAACAGCGACCAAACGCGACCAAAAUGAUUCGUGGGGUUUAUUGAAUUUGCUUCGAGAUCCUGGGAAAGCCGCCAUCCGACCGACUAUGUUUUUCAAAUCGAGGAUGGUAGAACUGGAAUCGUUUUUCGGUAAGGACAGUGACGAUGUAGUGAAUGAAAAUGUAGAUUUUAAGAACAGUCAUGUGAAAAAAGAGAUCGCGAACAUUCAAAAGAAGAAAAAAAGUGAAUUAACUAAAAUGAAAGCGGGCCGCACCAAACGGUGAGAAUGAUUGUUGUGAAUAGUUCUUUUCUAUUGAAAUAUGAAUCCUCUUUAAGAA